GCUGGAGGUUUCGCGUGCGCUGAUUGGCUGGCGGCGUGUGGUGGGGGUACAGGAUCUGCGGGGAUGAAGCAGUUCGGCGGCGUUCUCAUCACAACAUCGGUGACGCCGCUGGAGGAAAGUUGCGUGCGCUCGCUCUUCACCUCUCCAUCUGUGAAAUGACAAGAUGGCGGACCAACAGUACUGCUUAAGGUGGAACAAUCAUCAGAAUACUCUCAUCUCGGUGUUCGACUCUCUUCAAGAACGAGGAUGUAUGGUCGACUGUACUCUUGGUGCAGAGGGCCAGUCUCUGCAAGCCCACAAAGUUGUCUUGUCAGCGUGCAGUCCUUAUUUAGAGGACUUGCUGACCAAGCACUACGACAAACACCCUAUCCUAAUCUUGAAGGAUGUCAGAUUCGAUGAACUGAAAGCUAUGGUAGACUACAUGUAUCGGGGAGAAGUGAAUGUUGCUCAUGACAAACUCAACGCCUUCCUUAGAGCAGCUGAAAGUCUUCAAAUCAAAGGCCUGACAGAUUCUGGAACAGACCCACCCGACACUGGAGGGACAACUGGUGGAACCAAGAGAACUUCGAAGGGAGCUCCAGUCUCUGUCCGGUCAAAUCAACAACUCACCGUUAGAUCAACAAAUUUAGCUGAUGAUUUAAGAGAUGGCAGUGUCUCACCUAGUCAGCGGAAGAGAAGACGGCGAAGAGGAUCAGAAGAAUCAGAUAACGAUAGUUCAAGCAAUGUUGCCGAUGGGAAGCAAUCAUCAGCUGCAGCUGCCCCUGUUACUGGCCCUUCUGUUCUCAAUCAAGAUAUGUUACCAUCUGUGCCUGCAUCUGGUCCUGCCGAUGCGUUGCUGUCCUCUAUUAUGGAGAGUGCUGAGACUGAAACUGCAACUGAUAGUGGUAUAUUUGCCAAAGCAGUGACACCUAGUUCUCAAGAAAUUGUGAUACAAGAUAAGGGAUCAUCUGAUGUCCUUAUUGAACCUAAAACUGAGUACCUGGAUGACGACACUCAAGAUUUGCCCUUGGGUGAUGACGAUAGUGUAGCUGGACCUUCUCAUUCUAGAUCAGGGAACUUUAUGAAUGACAAUGAUAUGUUUAUGGCAGAUCAAGAUGGUUCUAAUAAUGCCCAAGAUCGUUUACAACCGACAUGUCAACCAGCGAAAGCCACCCAGUGGAGAACCUUUGGUCCAGCAAAGUCGCAUAGAAAACAGCCUGUUCCAGUAUCAUCUAAUUCAGAGCUGUCGCGCUUCUGGCAGAACCAGUUCCUCAAGGAGGCUCGUCGGGGCAGUUCAACCCCUAAUGGCGCGGCCUCGCUGCCGCAGCUGCCGCCUCCCCCUCCGCCGCCGAUGACGCCCCCCGCCGUGCCUGGCGCCCCCGUCAGGUCCCCACGGCCGCGGUCUGGGUCUCCGCGGUCCCCGCGCUCAGCCGACUGGGACAAGGUGCUGUGGCUGCCCGAGCUGAUGCGCCGCCGGUCGCUGGACAUGCGUGACGUGAAGGACGGGCCCAAGGACAGUGCCAAGGACCUGUCGCUGCCCAAGGCCGACGAGGACACGGUGGCGGCGGUGGCGCUGGACAUGAGUGCCAGCAUCCUGAUCCAGCACGCCGACAACACGCUCAAGGAGGACGAGGACGACCAAGAACAGAUGUUGGACGCGACACCCGGUGAGGGCCCGGGCGCCUUUCCCUGUCCGUCGUGCGGCAAGGUGUACCGCUGGAAGCGCACCCUGCGCAACCACCUGCGCUCCGAGUGCGGCAAGGAGCCGCAGUUCCAGUGCCCCUACUGCCACCUGCGCUCCAAGCGCAAGAGCAACAUCUAUGCGCACAUCCGCGUCGUGCACCACAAGCCGAAGCUUGACCAAGUUUGACCAAGAGACAGGGCCGCCAGCUGCCGCGCCGCGCACGCCAAGAGCCCCGCCAAGAGCCCCGCCAAGAGCCCCGCCAAGAGCCCCGCUAAGAGCCUCGCCAAGACCCCCACUAAGAACCCCAAAGAUGCCGGGGGAACCGCAACGCUGGGGCAGAUCGCAGGGCCUGCUGGGCUUGGCGUGGGUGCCAGCCCAGGCCGUCCAAACCUCGCCGAGGAUGUGGGCGGCGUCGUCACCCUGGCCGAGUUGGCCGCCCUGUUCACCCCUGGCCUCGCCCCCGGCAGUGCACGCAGCGACACGCUGUCACAGACAGGCGCGCGGCACGCUCCACUCUCCGGCGCCGUCGUGAACUCCGGGGCUUGUCUCACUCGUGGGGCGCUGGAUAGAGAUUUUUGGAUGUAAAUCUCUCUCUAGUCCUAUUGCCCUAUAGUGAACAAUUUGCGAGAACUGCUCAAUUUAAAAACAUCCUUUGUGGUCAUACAUACAUUAUGAUCCCAUUGUAGAUGACAGAUGUGAAUUCAACUUGUGGCAUCCCCUUGUUGGAUCUCAUUAUUUCUUUCCGUGUGUCGUAUAUGUGUGUGCAUUAGUGUGAUAUAACAUAUUUUUAUUGGUAAAUAGUGCCUUGACUCGCUUGUGAGUGUUGCCAGUGGGUGCCAAAAUCUCAGUAUGUAUUUUCAUGAUCUCAAUCACUGUCAUCCAUUGCAUUGAAGCCCUUACAGUCGAGUCAAGACGGGUGCCCCUUUUAGUUCAUAAGCCCAUAUUUUCGAAUUACUUAGAGACAUGUGAUGGAGUUUGCCCUUCAAGUUUGUCCUGUAUAGUGCUGCUAUGUAUUGUGUAUUACCUUUAAUUUGGAGAGGAGUCAGAAAGUGAUGUUUCAGUGUAUGGAAAUUUCAGAUGGUAAUGCAUGUGUAAAAGUCGAGUCCUGUUGCAUAAAUUUAUAUAUUUUUUAUUGUAACAUUUUUUUUCUUCUAUGAAAUUUUAAUGUUUGCAACCUUUUUUCCUGCAGUUUUCAGUACUCAAAAAGGUGUUGCAAUUAAGUCAAAAGAUUUUGUUUUUAUUUAAUUUUUUCUGAAAUUGUUGUUAUUUUGAAGUGAAAUGAACUGAACUGGGGAUAACUUGUAUAUUGAGACUAAAGCAUUAAAUAUUCAGGGGAAAGUGGUCAAACUGUGUGAACUUGGUAUGAAAGGUUUGAUUGCAAUAUAUUUUGUAAUUUUGUCAUUGUAGUAUUUUCUGUGGUAUUUUAUCCUCUUGACUGAUGGAAGACAUGUUGAGACUGGGAAAUUUCUCAUUGUAGUUUUGCUGACUUUGGUGAGCUUUCUCCUUGAAAGGUUUGUGCCAAAAGCGUGAAAUUCGAUUGUGCGUAUGUGUUGAGUGUUUGAAAAGUGCCAUUGACAGAAAUUUUAUUUCUAAAAGCUUACAUGUUCUUCUGAUUUUAUAUGAGGUCUUCUGCUUGCGCUACUUUGUGCAACUACCUACCAUUUUGUGUGCAAUUUUCUUUGUGUUAGUGUGUUUGUUUCUAAGUAUUUAGGUGUAGGGUAGGUCUCAAAAUGCAUUGCUUACUCUUGCACAAAGGACUGUCUUACAUGUGUUUUUUUUUUUUCAUUUUUAUUUUUUUGCCUUUCUGCGAAAAGGAUAGAGUGAUAAAUAUACAUAUAUAUAUAUGUAUAUACAUAUAUAUAUAUAUAUAGUAUUUUUAAUAUGUCGCCUCUUGUCUGAUACAAUUGUAAUUUUACAUGGGGAACUUGUUAUCUUUUUUAUUGGAAUAUCCAUUGUCAUUUGUAUUUUUCAGUGCUGAGUGCAUGUUAGCGACCCAGUCAUGCUAAAGCUCAAUUAUUUCUUUUCAGUUGUUGUUUGUUAUUUAAAAUAUGAAUGUGUGUUUUUUUUUGUGUGCUAUAUGUUUUUAAUUAUUUAUAUAUGAUAUGAAUCUUUUCCUGGGUGUUCCUUACAUGCAUGAAAUUCAUUCCAAAGUCUUCAAUUAUCAAACGCUUUCAGGCGGUUUUAAAUACCUUUUGAUCACCUUAUUUAUGUCAAGAUGUGAGUUUGUUUUCCUUAGCUUUGACUAUGGAACUAGUGUUCCAUGUGAAACAAUGGCGUCAUGAUCUCAUUACGUCUCCAGAAGAGAGACAUUGAACUCUUUUGCUGUGGGAGGCAUUCUUGACAAUCCUAACCAGUCACUUUUUAAUGACUGCCAUAGUUACUCAGGUUCUCUAAGUGUCAAGUCUAGUGUUGUGUGUACUUAUGUGUUCCACCGAGUGCCAUGUGUGUAUUUAUUUCUGCCAUUCGUUUGCCAUAUUUUACUGAACUUUUUAUCAGACUGACCUCUGGCCUUGUGUAGUAGUGUUCUGGAAGCCUGUAAGUUUUGAAAUAGUACAUAAUAAAAAUGUGUUUUAAGCAGCGCUC